AUGUGUGGAUACGUGUCCACGGUCGAAGCUUUCCUCCUGUUCGAGUUGAUGUUAUUCCUGACGAACCUGGCGAUGGCAGCGUGGUUCUUCUUCUUGUCGUGCGCUUCACCGGAUCUGAAUGUGGCCAACCCGAUCUCCAUGGUUUCCAUCCUCUUCUUCGUCCUCUUCGCCGGCUUCGUCAUCACCAAGGACCAAAUCCCCGACUACCUCAUCUGGAUCUACUGGAUCAACCCCAUGGCCUGGGGAGUCCGAGCGCUCGCUGUGAAUCAGUACACUGAUGACAGUUUUGACACCUGUGUGUACAAUGAUGUCGACUACUGCGCCAACUACAACAUGACUAUGGGCGAGUACUCGUUGACGACGUUCGAGGUGCCGACUGAGAAGUUCUGGCUAUGGUACGGCAUGGUCUUCAUGGCGGCAGCGUACGUCUUCUUCAUGUUCCUGUCGUACAUUUCACUGGAAUACCACCGCUUCGAGAGUCCGGAGAACGUGACGCUGGAUAAUGGGAACAAGGAAGAGACAUCCGAUGACUACGGCCUCUUGAAGACACCACGCAGUUCGCAGGCUGGAGAUGAGACCCUAGUGACUGUGGCGCCUGACAGCGAGAAGCAUUUUAUCCCAGUUACUAUCGCAUUUAAGGACCUCUGGUACAGCGUUCCCGACCCGGCCAACCCCAAGGAAACCAUCGACCUGCUCAAGGGUAUCAGUGGAUACGCUCUACCCGGUACUAUCACCGCUCUCAUGGGAUCUUCGGGUGCUGGUAAGACUACCCUCAUGGACGUUAUCGCUGGACGAAAGACUGGAGGCAAGAUCACCGGCCAGAUCCUGCUGAAUGGCCACCCGGCCACCGACCUCUCUAUCCGUCGAUCCACGGGUUACUGUGAGCAGAUGGACAUUCACUCCGAGUCGGCUACCAUCCGUGAGGCACUCACGUUCAGCGCGUUCCUGCGUCAGGGAGCCGAUGUGCCCGACAGCUUCAAGUAUGACUCGGUGAACGAGUGUUUGGAGUUGUUAGACUUGCACCCGAUCGCCGACCAGAUCAUCCGUGGCAGCUCCGUGGAGCAGAUGAAGCGAUUGACAAUUGGCGUGGAGCUAGCAGCUCAACCGAGUGUGCUGUUCUUGGACGAACCGACGAGUGGACUUGACGCUCGCUCUGCCAAGCUUAUCAUGGACGGUGUGCGCAAGGUGGCGAACACUGGUCGAACGGUGGUGUGCACGAUUCACCAGCCAUCGACAGAAGUGUUCAGUGUUUUUGACAGUCUGCUGCUACUGAAGCGUGGUGGUGAGACGGUGUUCGCUGGAGAACUGGGUAAGAACGCCAGCGAGAUGAUUGCUUACUUUGAAUCGAUUAACGGUGUGGCAAAGCUGGAGGACAACUACAACCCAGCAACGUGGAUGCUCGAGGUUAUCGGUGCAGGUGUGGGCAACAGCAACGGCGACAGGACCGACUUUGUGAAGAUCUUCCAGUCGAGCAAGCAGUUCGAAUACCUCCAGUCUAACCUGGAUCGCGAGGGUGUGGCACGUCCGUCUCCAGACUUGCCUGAGUUGACGUACGGUGACAAGCGUGCUGCAACGGAGAUGACUCAGGCCAGACUCCUUCUUCAGCGCUUCUUCAGGAUGUACUGGCGUACAGCUUCGUACAACUUGACGCGAUUUAGCCUCUUCCUCAUUCUCGGACUUGUCUUUGGUAUCACGUAUAUCGACGCGGAGUACACUUCGUACGCCGGUAUCAACUCGGGUAUGGGCAUGCUGUUCUGCACAACGGGCUUCAUUGGUUUCAUCUCUUUCAGCAGUGUGAUGCCCAUUGCUUCCGAAGAUCGCCUGGCCUUCUACCGCGAACGUGCGUCUCAGACGUACAACGCGCUUUGGUACUUCGUUGGGUCGACGCUGGUGGAGAUCCCGUACGUUUUCUUCGGCACGCUGCUCUUCAUGGCUCCGUACUACCCCAUGGUGGGCUUCACCGGCGCGACUACAUUCUUCGCCUAUUGGCUUCAUCUCUCCAUGCACGUGCUGUGGCAAGCGUAUUUCGGCCAGCUCAUGUCGUACCUCAUGCCGACAGUCGAAGUAGCUAAUAUCUUCGGAGUGCUGCUGCAGACGAUCUUCUUCCUGUUCAACGGCUUCAACCCUCCUGGAGCUUCCAUCCCGACGGGCUACAAGUGGCUGUACCACAUUACACCGCACAAGUACUCGCUGGCCUUGGUCGCGUCUCUGGUCUUUGGUGACUGCCCAAGUGACGGUGACGGAUCGGACGUUGGAUGUCAGGUAAUGACUGGAUUGCCACCUUCCCUUCCCGAGAACAUGACGGUGAAGGACUACCUUGAAGAUGUCUUCCUGAUGAAGCACAGCGAGAUCUACAAGAACUUCGGCUUCGUUUUGGGCUUCAUUGUGGUGUAUCGGCUGCUUGGUCUGCUGACACUGCGCUUCGUCAACCACCAGAAGAAGUAGUUAGCUCAGGUAGCAGUGGUCUACAACUACAUGUAUAAACACUAAAUGCCAAAAAGAAUACAUAGAUUGCAUCCAACGAGUGUGUGAGAGUGGGUA